AUGGAGAGACUCUCUUUGAACAACCCUCCUGCAGGCGCUCAGCGUGGGAAUACACCGCAGUCAUUCCCUCAGCAGAACAACUUGCUGGGACCCUCUGCACCAAUGACACAUGGUCCCCCACAAUUACCCCCGCAGAUGUUCACUACCGCCGCCCAAUUGCUGGAUUUGACAGAUAAGAAACUUGUUUUAGUGCUUCGCGAUGGAAGAAAAUUGAUCGGCGUGCUCAGAAGUUGGGAUCAAUUCGCGAACCUUGUCCUCCAAGAUACCGUUGAGCGACUCUAUGCCGGAAAUCUUUACGCCGAUGUUCCGCGAGGCAUUUUCCUUGUCCGGGGAGAGAAUGUGUUGCUUCUGGGUGAGAUUGAUCUCGAUAAAGAAGACGAUAUUCCCCCUCAUCUCCAGAAAGUACCCUUCCAAGAAGUAUUUGAAUUAAAGAAGAAGGAGGACAGCAAGCGGAAAACAAUGGACAAGAAGAGCCAUCAUAAACUCCAAGGUCUCGGUUUCGAACCCGAGCACAGCGGGGAAAUUCUGUUUUAG